AACUACCAACAAACUCUUCCGAAACCGCUUCCAUAGAAGAAGACAAGUUUGCGCGAUUUAUUUUCGUGGAUUGUAUCGUGAAUAAAUAUUUGUGUUUUAUGACUCCGCUCUACCGCCGAAUUCCCUCGGGAGAAGUUCUCUUUGAUUAUUGAGUUUUGUUGAAUUUGUUAGAAAUGAUAUCGGUUCGGAAAAUGGAAAUUCUGGACGAUGAAGAAGAAACGCCGAUGAUGGUUGACAUGGAGUGCUGGGAGGACGAGCUAAGUCCUGAACAGAAAGCCGCAUAUAAACAACUCGAAAAAGAACACAAAAUCGUCAAAAACGAACUGGAUAAGAUUGUCGGAAUGGACAGCUGCAAAAUGGUUUUCAAUGGGUUGCAAUUUAAAAUUAUUGAAGUUGAUGGUCCGAUUAGCAAGUUGCCGUCGGGAUCACGGGAAAGGCGAAAACCCCCAACGCCGCCACCAACGUAUAGACGUGACUCGAGGUAUCGCGACGGCACCUUGAAGAAACGGCCUAUCAUAAUAGAUGAUGACGACGACGACGAAGAUGACGUUCCACUUGCCAAACGUAUCGCCAACAUCAAGAAAGAAGCCAAGUUGAAAAAACAAGAAUCCGAGGGCAAAUCAAAGAAAUCUCAUCAUCAUCAUCAUAAAUCCUCACCGAAAGAAAAAGAAGUCGAUGAAGCUUUAUGUCGUCCAGUCGAGUCUUCAGCAAUGGGCGGUCUUACUAUUGGCAACGUUGCAAAGAAAAAUGUUCUAACUGGACCUGAUUCCAAGGAGCUUACUUUCAGCAAAAUACAAGGGAAAACAUUCCCAUCACUGGUUGUUGUUGCCAGACCAUCACUCCGCGUCAAUGCGAUAACAACAACCAAUCGACCGGAACUGGAUUCGAAAGUGAAAGUGGUACUGAUACUUACUCCAGCCAAAUUCACAGAAUGGCUUAUACAGCAGGGUCUGUUGAGGUCGGAGCAGAAAUGUUUGAAGCAUAGGAAGAAUGAUCUGAAGUUAGGUGUCUACUCAGACGUAUCGAAGUUUCCAUAUUCAGGAGGCUACGUAUGGAUCAGUGACUGUCGGCCGGUUCGAUUCAUUUCUGUUUUCAAUGGUUCAAUUUUCGAGGGGGCUCCUCACCCGCCGUCAUGCAUUCUCAAAUUAGUUUACCAUUGGUCAUGCCAAACGAGCAUCCAGAAUGUGAUCCAAUGGGUUAAAGUAGAUAGUUUUUAUGUGAAGACAGUUUACACAUGGCUUCGAGCCAUCUGCAGUAUAGCAAUUUAUCAACACUUGAAGCCAAUGGGCGGGAUUGGAAAAUAUAUCGAGGUUGGUGUGAUUUCUUUGGGAACAACAACACAAGACGGUCAACAAAGACAAGUCAAAGUCGAAGUUCUUGGAGUCUUCGAUCCAUUCACAAAAGUAAUUCGUCUGCGUGCUAUUGAACCAAUAAACGAAAAGGAAGUUAGCUACAAAAAGCGAUUUGUUAAAAUAUUAGAACCGUUAAAGGACUGGGUACUGAAGGAGAGCAAUUUAACCAUUGACUUGACCAUCGACAAGGGUGUGUUGGUUGGAAUGGGCUUCAAAAAUAUCAUUCAAAUUCCAGCAGCUGACAAAACAGCUAAACAUUCAAAUGCUCAUGUUAUGGACUAUCUGAGACGAAUUGUGCCGCGGAUGUUCCAGAACACAUUAUCGUUGUUAUCGCGAGAAAUGAUUCAACAAUUUUUAGAUGAGUUGGUUUGGCGUGAACAAUACGGAACAUCCCCAUUGGAGACAUUCAACAAUAUAACGAAACAUAUCUCGGAACAAACUCGAGUGGAUUCAAUGGAAAGUCUUAUCACUCGAUUGAAUAAGGUCGCUACCAACCCUUUCAAUUGUGCACAAAUCAACACAACCCCAGAACCGAUGUCAUCCACGUCACCGCCUUCGAUUUUAAAAUCCGGCGCAUUGAAGAAAAUUCCAGUUGUUGUUAAGAAGGAAGAGCCCCCAGCGCACACACCAUCACGACGUGGCCGCAAACCAGGCUCUACAAAUAAGCAAUCCAAUCAAAAGCAAAACACAAAACGAGCCGCCGCCUCAAUUUCACCAGAAAGAGAGAAGAAAGAAAAGAAAAAAGAGAAGUCACCAGUUGUAGCACCGCCUACAGAACCUCGCCGGAAACAAGCUAUCAAGGCUGCGAAAGAUGAUGGCGAUAAAGAUAAGGACGAUGAGUCGGUACUCUUUGAAGAGACAUUCUAUGGAGUUCUCAACGGCUUGAGUUCGGAAGAUCACAAGUUCCCAAUCGUAGAGACCUUCUCGGUACAAUGUCCGGAUUGUAAGCAAACAUUUGACAACAACAUCAAAUUACAAACUCACAUAUUCGAUCAUCUCGUCUCCGAUGCGCAAAAUCCAUUGCAAUGCAUUUGUUGCUUGGAAAGAUUCGAAAAUGAAGAAAAAUUGAAAAAGCAUCAAGACUUCAUUCAUGCCUUGAUUACGAAAAAUCCUGCGCAAACAUAUAACUGCAUAAUCUGUGAGGCUCGUUUCAAUUCAAUUCCAAUGUUGAGCGGCCACACGCAGAAGACUCAUUGCGUCCUCGAUAUGCCAUAUCGUUGCGGUGUUUGCGACUAUCGAUGCUCAUCACGACGAAAAGUUAUCGAGCAUUUCCAUCAAUCUCAUAAUAGAGUUGGGGUUUUGCAGUGCAAUUUCUGUUUGUUGGUUUUCCAAGUCUACGGAAACGAGGGUCCUCUCCUAGAGCCCGUAAGCAAGUAUGUCGAACAUAUUCAGCAGCACUUCGUUAAAACAUUGGCUAAGAAAUGCUCAAAAUGUGCACUAUCCUUCCUGAAUAGAGGUUCAUUGAAAACCCAUCUCUUAUUCGAUCAUCAAAGUUUUGCCGGUGUUGGAGGAGUGAAGCCAUUAAUACCGAACACUAUCUAUGCUACGAUGGCUAAGCUUAAAACUACACAAAAACCUACAUCGGCUUAUACAUCUCUGAAAGAUUUCAACGAUGUGACCCAAUGUCUUACACCAGGCAAAGCAUGUAUUGAAUGCGAUGCAGCGUUCGAAGAAGAAAACCAUCUGAUAGGCUUCCUGAAAUGCCAGAAGUGUCGAUAUCAAACGUGUUGUGUACGCGCAAUGCUUGAUCACAGCUCAUCAUGUCAAACGGGAGUCAAUCCUGAAAGCAAUGUUCACAUUGAACUCGACACGGAAAUGCAUUGCGUGUGUGGAUUCUCAAACUGCGAUGGCAAUUCUAUGGCACGUCAUUUAGCUACAUGCGACCAUAAAAGUGCAUACCCAUCUGUAGAGUCAGCUCAGGAGAACACUGUUAAACGUAACAUGCUGGAUAUGUUAGGGUUGAUGCGACGACCGGGUGAAUCCGAUGAUAUUGCAAGUGGCAAUCCAGAAGAACAGGCAAAUGAGAGCGACGUUCAAAUGAGUGAACAAUCGAAAGCAGAAGGAUCUACCGUCGAAGGUCAACAAAGUAUUCUUGAAUCAAGUUCAGAUACAGGUCAAAUUGGUGAAACCCCAUCAUUACAAGAGGAUUCAACUGCUGUGAGUGAUAAUGUAAAUGAGAAUCCAUCAGAUGCAGCGCGUCCACCAGAGAUGAGUGGAACCACUGAAUUUCAAGUGCAAUCAGAAGGAACUACUGAAUUUGGCAGCCUACAAAUAGAGCCAAUGGAAACAACAUAGAUUUAAUCAUAUUGCUGAUGAUCAACAUUAUCCAGUUGAGAUUUGGAUUUCGGUUUUAAUUUUGCUUCAAUUAUUUCUUGAAAAUGUAUGCACAAAUCGUUUUUUAUAUGAAUAUGACGAAGGACGAGAUGAUGCAACGAACUUUGAUGGCAGUUUCAUAAUAUACAUCAUCACUUUCCAUCCUUUUAUGUGAAUUAUAAUAUCUCAAUACAUCUUA